AUGGCGAGGAUUCCUGACAAGAUUAGGUCUAUUGAUGGAUCAAAAGAGACGCUUAAGCUUACUGUUAGGAUCACCAAUCUUUGGUUCGUUGGGACUCCCAACAAGUAUGAGCAAGCGGAAAUGGUUUUUGUUGAUUCUGAGGGUGAUCAAAUUCAUGCUAUUUGUAAAUCGGACCACCUCAAGUCUUGGAAAGCUGAUUUGAAAGAUAAUUGCACUUAUGUUAUGCAUAAUUUCAAAGUUGUCAAGAAUGAUGGUCAAUUUAGAGUGUGCAAACAUGAGUACAAGUUAUUUUUUAUUGGAGUGACGGUUGUUAGAGAAGCUGAUUUGCAUGAACUGCCUUUUAAGGAAUUUAGAUUUGUUGAAUUUGCAAAUGUUGUUGCUGGCAAUUGUGUCUGGCCUGUUGGUUGGAGAGUGGUCUUUCGGCAUGUUUCAUCAAAAAAUACUAGGGUUGUUUUUAGAAUGAAGGAUUUGAGUGGUGAAAUUUUGUCUUGCACACUUUGGGAGAAUUACUGUACUCAGUUCCUAUCCUAUUUGAAUGAACGUGGGGAUGAUGAGCCGAUGGUUAUUAUAUUGACACAUGCCAGAAUAAAAGAUGCGCAGGGAAGUUAUCUAGCUUCAGUGAGCAAUUCCUUCAAGGCGUCAAAACUAUUGAUUAAUGAUCCUAUAUUGGAAAUUCAGGAAUUUAAAGAGAGGCUUUUAGAUUUAGGUGUUGAGGUGAGUCCAGUUUUGCUACCUGUGGGGACUAUUAGCAAAAUAGUCAUGGAUAACCAUUCAUGGUGUUAUCCAGCUUGCGUUCAAUGUCAUAGGAAAACUGACAUCCAAACAGGACCAUUCACAUGCGGAUGUGGCAAGGAUAAUGAUCAGCCUGUUCUGAGGUAUAGAGUUGAAGUCAUGGUUACCCAAAACAAUGAGAGUAACAAGUUUUUGCUCUGGGACCGUGAAUGUGCUGAAUUGAUUGGUGAAACAGCUGAUGAUGCGAAUAGGGUCAAGAUUGAAGAUGGUGAUCUUGAUUUGAAUGCUUCCCCUCAAGCACUUGACAAAUUGUUGGGUCAUGUGCUUGCUUUUAAGGUUAGGAUUCAAUCAAAAUUCAAAAAUGCAGUUGUUCUUAGAUACUCAAAUGACCUAGAUUUGAUCAAUGUUAUUCUCGAGAUGCUGCCUGAUAGUGAGGCAUGUUCCAAAAUAGAUCCUUCCAAUGUUGAUUGCAAUAAUACUACGCAUCCUGAAUGUCAAUCUCUGUCUGUCAUAGCUGACCAUGAUCCGGUUGCCGGAUUGCCUUUAACGCCCAAAAAACGGAUGUCAUCUGAUGAAGUUGAUGAUGAGUUAGGGAGCUUGCAAAUUUUCCCAGCCCAACUAUCGUCUAACAAAUUAACAAGACAUUCUCAUAAGAGCCAAUUUAGCUGA